AUGACUCCCAGCAUCAGUGCUGAGGCCAGCCAGCCUCUCCCUGCCAGGUCCACCGUGGCCCAGAGAAAACAAGCCAACGAACUCAGAAAGACUCUGAAACCCUUGCUGGAGAAAAGAAGACGUGCUCGCAUCAAUGACAGCCUCAAUCAUUUGAAGAGCCUCAUUCUGCCCCUUGUUGGCAAAGAUAACGCACGUUACUCCAAACUGGAGAAAGCUGAUAUUCUGGAAAUGACCGUCCGCUUCCUCAGAGACCUGCCUUCCUCCCCAGUCAAAGACUCCGCAGACAGUUACAGAGAAGGCUACAAAGCCUGCCUUCAGCGCGUCUCCGCUCUGCUUCCCAAAACAAGUCUGGAUCAAGACGCGUGCCAGCGGGUCAACGACUUCGUGCAGCAGUCCAUGUCUGCCACAGUCACCCCAACCUGCCUGAACUGCUGCGCUCAGAGCUCCAGGACUUUGCCUCAGAUCCAGCAGAGACUCCUGAGCCUGAAAUCCAGCUUCAGCUCCAGACCGGAGAUCCAGUCCCGCAGCAGCGGCGCAGUGGCUCCCAGCAGAGCGCAGUCAGGCCCGCAGCCCGUCAGCGCUGCGAUGUGGAGACCCUGGUAG